AAGGUAACUGAUGAGUGAAGCUCCAAGUCGCUCACUGUGAGAAGAAUGGAGAUAAACCAAUACGUCAAUUCACCAGCUGGUGAUCGGCGCGCUGGAGAGCAGCAGAGAGGGAAUUCUCCUUCAGGCAGCCUCUCUAGGAGGUCAAAAAUUCUCCUUUUUGUUGGACUCAGCUUUGGCCUGCUGUGCAUCGUACAGACCGCCAUCAACGUUUCAGUUCAGCUACAGGCUGUUCAGUGUUCUAACAGUUCAGACCACGACUCGACGAGCAAUAUCACCAGGAUGUCAGAUAGCGACAUCAGAGACCUGAUUUCAGAGAGAGAUCAACUGCUUCGAGAUAAAGACCAGCUGAAACAAGGUAAAGAUCAGCUGCUUCAGGAGAGAGAUCAGUUGCUUCGAGAUAAAAAUAAACUGAAAGAAGAUAAAUACCAACUGGUUCGGAGGAGAGAUCAGUUGCUUAAUCAGAGAGAUCGUCUGGUUCGAGAGAAAGAUCAACUGAAACAACAGACAGACCAGCUGAAAUGUGAGAAAGAUCAACUGAAAGAAGAGAAAGAUCAACUGAAAGAGGAGAAAGAUCGAUUGCUUCAAGAGAACAAUCAACUGAAUCAAGAUAAAGACCAGCUCAGACGAGAGAAAGAUCAGUUGCUCCAUCAGAGAGUUCAUCUGGUUCAAGAAAAUAACCAACUGAAACGACAGACAGACCAGAUGAAAUGUGAGAAAGAUCAGUUGAUUCGGGAGAAAGAUCAACUGAAACAAGAGAAAGAUCAAUUACUUCAAGAGAACAAUCGAUUGAAUCACGAUAAAGACCAACUGAUAAAAGAGAAAGAUCGAUUGCUUCAAGAGAACAAUCAACUGAAUCAAGAGAAAGAUCAGUUGCUCCAUCAGAGAGAUCAUCUGGUUCAAGAAAAUAACCGACUGAAACGACAGACAAACCAGAUGAAAUGUGAGAAAGAUCAGUUGCUCCAUCAGAGAGAUCAUCUGGUUCAAGAAAAUAACCGACUGAAACGAGAGAAAACUCAACUGAUUGAAGACAACAGGAUGUUAAAUGAGACGAUCUGCAAACAACAAACAGAGCGAAACACCCCGAGCUGUCCCCCAGGAUGGCGGUCAUACAAGUCCGCCUGUUACCUGCUUUCCCCGGAGACAAACACCUGGGAUUAUGCCAAACAUGACUGUGAGACCAAAGGAGCUCAUUUGGUUGUUUUCAAUAAUGAAGCAGAAGAGCAGGCAGUAGUCAGUACUUUUGGAUGCAGUUUAGAAAUGUGGAUGGGCUUGAGAAAGCGACAAGAUCUCCUGACCUGCAACUGGAUGCUGGAGGAUGGAAGCCAGCUGCAUUAUACAAACUGGAACAAUCCGUUGUAUCAGCUUCAUCCAUGUGAGUACUGCGCAUAUGCUGACAAGGGCUCGUCAUCCUGGAACAACUGGUUCCUGGGCAGCUGUCAACACCAGCACUUCUGGAUGUGUGAGAUGCAACAACGCAACAUCUGUAGCUGACCGCACACAACAAGCACAUCUGGAAUCGGCCUAACACUCUGUCACACACAAUAAUAUGUACAUAUAUUCAUGGCUUUUGUUUGUUGUAAUUACUGAUGCUUUAUUUUAAUACCUAAUUCAUGACAGACUUUGUUCAAAUGGAGUUGUACUAACAGCUGGUGACCACUAGAGGGUGUAAUUUUGAUAUUAUUGUCCUCUACAGAGCAUUGUUAUGUUUCUAAACCCUCCAACUUAAUGAAAAGUAUUUUUGAUUAUAACUCUUUGGAAUUGUUUUAAAUGACUUAAAGCAGCUGUAAGUGAUUUUUUUUUAAAUCAGAAAAGGAUUCAGUAGCUCUAUAUUUGGUCAGGAGGACGUGUCUCACCUCCUGCUGCUCACGCAGUUAAAAAAACAAACAUAUUUCUGCAGCGUUAAACCAAACAUCAAGCAUUCAGUUCACUAUAUGUGUCUUGUAUCAUCUUUGUAUUAUCUUGUUUAACGUAUAUUUUAAUAUGACAAUAAAGA